UUGCAAGUUGCGUUCCAUUCCAUAGCGAGAACAGUCGCGCACCUUUCGCCGCACGUGCCUCGCAGAAAAAAAACACGAUCGAAAUUUAAAAAUUCAAAUUGUGCCAAAGUUCGAAAAGAGGUUGUGUUGUGUGAAAACAAAAUGGUUCGCAAAAUUAGUGGGCUCCUGUGUUGUCUCUGCGUUUUCGGCAUCUCAUUGAGUGAUAGCGCCAUAUCAGCUGAUAGCGAACAAAGAUGCAAGAACCCGCCCACAGCCCCACAGAAGAUAGAAAGAGUCAUCACACUAUGUCAAGAUGAAAUCAAAGUUUCCAUUUUGCGAGAGGCCCUGGACGUGAUCAAGGAGGAGCACACGAUGCCUGCUCAGCGUAGCAGGAACAAGAGAGACGUUCCAUUCACGCACGACGAGAAACGGAUCGCUGGGUGCCUCCUACAAUGCGUUUACCGAAAAGUGAAAGCGGUGGACGGCUACGGCUUCCCGACCCUCGAGGGGCUGGUGGGGCUCUACUCUGACGGCGUGAACGAGAGAGGUUACUUCAUGGCCGUGUUGGAGGCCUCGCGGGAGUGCCUCAUGAAGUACCACGACAAGUUCUCACGAACCGUGCCUAUGGACAACGGGCGCAACUGUGACGUGUCAUUCGACAUCUUCGAGUGCAUCUCGGACCGCAUCGGCGAGUACUGCGGCAAUGCCGGGCUUUGAUCGACUACCCGCAUACACACGACUACCCGCACGAUGCGUUGUCAUGGCGACAAAAUAAUGGCAAAUAUACAACAUCCCGGUUGAGAUAACCUCUCCCUCGAACUCACCCGCACAACUUCGCGCGUUCGCCUCGUUACGUACCAGUGUCGAAGUGACGUCACGGAUGCCAGGUGCGCAGUUAACUUGCCCAGGUUGUACUAGACUUUAAAGCACCGGUAUUUAUUAUAAAUGAAGGAAUUUGUAAAUAACUAGGGUUUGACAAAAGUAAAGCUCACUUCUUCGUUAAUGAAGUUGGCAUUGAAUACACUUUUCAAACUUAAAGUCAGAAAAGUUUCAGAAUAAGAGGAUUAAUUUUUAACCGACUUCAAAAAGGAGAAGGUUCUCACGUUUGUAAUUGUCUUUUUUAAAUUUGAAUUUUUUUUUAAGUAUUUUUUGUGAUGAUGUUUGAUCAUUUCUUUGAAAAUUGCUUUAAUAAUGUUAUCCUUUACAACGCAUCGUGUAUGUAUUAUCAACUGAUUCAUCAUAAUUAGGGAAGAAUCACUUUCACGAGUAUAUCAAUCAUCAAUUUCGAGUGAAUGAAAUUUCGUCACCUAAGUCUGUUAUUUCUAUUUUUCAAACUGAAGGUAGAGUCGUCUAUCAGUGUGAACAUAAAAUGAGUGGAUCCAGUGAUAAAAGUCAUGGAUACCCAAUGAUUGUCAUUUUAACGCCCGUAUUCACCAUUACUAUGAGGUCUCACAGUGCACGUGGACGCACAGGGUGACACGCGAACCAAUCACAGAGCUCUAUUCAACGCUGUGCGUUCGAUUUGCUGCUUCACUUAAGCAAGCAUCGUUUGUGACUACAGGCGUAAGUAAAGUACUAACUAUAAAUGAUACUUAUAAUUAUCUUUCUAUCCAGCUAGCGAGGGAUACCUACUUAAUUUUACUAGGUGACAUCAAAUGCACUAGUAUACACGACUUAUUAUACCACUGCAGUAAAGGUGUGAUUUUCAUAAGUUUAAAAAAUUAAACUCUUUUAAAGUACCUAAGUUUUUUGCUCGAUUUAUUUCUUAUUAAGGCUACCUUCAUUUUAAAAAGCCCAGUUACCAUACAAUAGCUCUCUGUUCGUAUAUCUCUCUAUCCAAACGAGCAGAGAAAACACCUACUAAUAUAAGCGACCUAAUUGUAAGUUGUAUGUAUAUAGAAGGAUAUUAAUUUACUAAAUUGUGAUGCUCAAUAACGUUUAGUUUAUGUAUUUUAAGACCUUUUUUCAAAGUAAAGUUUUCAUGGAUUUUAGAGUCACUUUCACUAGAGCUAGAGCUCUAGGCUUUGACUCUAGCCUCUAUCUAAAUUCGUAGCAGAUUGAAUCUUGGAAUCGCUUCUAUAAAGAUGUUUUUUAUUCUUUAAAUAUUUGGUAAAAGGUGAAAAUAUUU